AACAGUUUCUAAGUCGUUUUGGGGUGUGGAACAUGGUGCUCACCAUGCUACCGUUGCACGGUAUACGGACUGAUUAUUACUGAAUUUGUUUUGAUGUUGAUCUGAAUUAGCUAGAGUUCUCAAUUAGGGACGGAGAAGAAUUUAAAUCCCUACUCUAAUCCGUAUUACUCUGAUUUUUAGAGAAAGUAAGAUGGCCGUUUCAGCUGCUAGUCCUGCUACACUAGCUCAUCGUUUUCUGCCACGAAAUUGCGAUCACAAGCGUGUGCAAUUUUACUCUUUAGUGAAGUAUCCACCACGAAGAAGGGCCAUUUUCUGCAAUUUCGAGGCGAUUGAAUUUGAAGAAAGAAUGAGUCCCAACGAGGUGAAGAAGGAAAUGGAGCAAUGUUAUGAACUGAUACACAGGCUUGGCAGGGGUGUUGUGUAUUUGGGCUCUUCAAGGGUGGGUCCUGAUCAUCCACACUACACACAAGCAUUUGAAUUGGGAAGAGAGGUCGCUACCCUUUUAGAUUGUACGUCAUGGUCGGGGGUCGGACCUGGCCUCAUGGAUGCUGUGACAAAAGGUGCCCUACAAGCUGGAAAGGCUGUUGGUGGAUUUAGGAUAAGUAAAGAAGCUGGGGAAUGGACAUCAACCAAGUUUCAUCCAUACUUGCCAUCAGAAACAUACCUCACUUGCAGGUUUUUCUCUGCAAGGAAGCAUGGGUUGGUGGACGCAGCUGUUAGAACUAGUAGCGGCAGCGGCUUGGAUAAGACAGCCGUGGUGGCUCUGCCAGGUGGAAUUGGCACUCUGGAUGAAGUCUUUGAGCUCAUGGCAUUGAUCCAACUCGACCGGAUUGGUUCACUUCUCCCGGUUCCUUUUCUUUUGAUGAACUAUGAUUCCUUUUAUUCAAAGCUGCUCGACUUUCUCCAUGAUUGUGAGAAUUUUGGUACGAUCUCCCAUGGUGAGGCUGCAUCGUUAUGGAAAGUUUGUAACAAUAACACUGAAGCUUUAACAUAUUUAUCUGAAUUCUACGGCAUUAGCCAUUAGCUAGGUUAAACGCCACAGAAAUGCACUCGAAGUCAUCAUGGGCAGUAAUAUUACUGUUUUUAUUAUGAUUGCUGGCAUUAGUGGCAUGUAUGCAUUAAAGCUGUUGAUGUUUUGUUCAUGUUUCUUAAUCCAAUCUAAGUAGGCGUUGGUGACAUUGAAAGUGUCAAAAUUUUAGAGCUAAUAAAUUAAUAUCUUAAACUGAUUGAAUAUAAUGUCAUUCAAAAAGUGCAGUAACGUUUUAUUUUGAAUUUGCUUCGUAUCAGGGACCUCCUAAAAAGAAAGUGUGACAAAAAGUCAAAACUUUGGCAUUAUGCUUCUUAUUGAGGACCUCUUAAGAAGAAAUAGUUAGAUGAAAAGUCUGAGCUCUAGCAUUAUCUCUGUUUGUUCGCUCUCGUGAAAAACAUCAUGAAAUUAUGUGAAACUGUGAAAGGUGUAAAGUUUAGAUGAAUGAUAAGAUCUUAACCAUCGAGACACUACUGAAAAAGCUACUUAAUAAUCAAGCAAAGGAAAGGAAGAUCAGAGAGAAGAAGCAGCCGACUAGCAGCAGUCUGCUCCUCAUUCCUCAGCAACAACCAACCACUAAAGUCUCAGCCCCAUCUAGCUCUUCAGGUACUUAAAUCUCCCCUUCCUACUAUUCUUAUAUCUCCCCAGAGCUUGCAGCAAUAAGCCAAUAAGAGCAGCAGAUGACAAGCUCAUCCACGAGUUGAGAGAAUGAUAUCGGAAAAUGGCAGAAGACUUGCACAGCUCUUAAGGAACAAAACCAAUGAAGAAUCAGCCAAGUUCCUAAAAGAUUAUGACCAUACCUCCCCCCAGGCCCCAAUCUAAGCUACCUGGAAGAAGAUAUCAAAGGGGGCCUUAUGAUUGAAGUCAUUGAUCUUAAACUUCAAUUGGAACUCCUAGCCGAAGAGCUGGAGCAGUAUGAUGCCAAAAGGUGGGAAGGAAGCUCGAGACCCUCUACAUCUCAAAUUAAAGGGCCAUGGCAGAAGGGUCCAUGGAAGAAGCCUGAUUUCAGCUAAAUGACCAGAGGAGAGAAGGCUUCUUAUACAAGAAGAAGAAAUCUGGAAAUACAAUUUGGUGAACAACAAGCAGCUAAAAAGAGGAAGGCUGGAGAAGUCAAGGCAGCUGAAGAAGGGAAUCAGCAUGCUGGAAAAGAAAAACAAGGCAAGGACUCAGAUGAAUAUUUCUUGGAAUCCGUUUGAUACUUCACACAUUAAAACUUUACAUGCAAAAUGAUUGCAAUCUAAAGUUUAGGGUAGUAAAAUAUUUUGCAUGUAAAAUAAAAUACAUCGUUUGGUUAUGUGUGUAAUCUAUAUUUAAAUUAUUAAAUGGGGAUUCUUUACCUUUUUUUACCAUCUUUACCUUUUUCUUUAGAAAAUAACUUUACAUGUAAUAAAAUCUUUAAAAAUGACUCCAUAGCUGAUUCAUCAAAUUAAACAUACGUGUACUGCUGGCCAGAAGAGAGAGUGGCGUGCAAAAAUGGAGUAAUCACUAAAAAUUGUAAACUUUUA